UUUACUGUUCAACUUUCCGUUAAAGUUAAGAGUGACACUCUCCAACAAUCCAGCUACCCCCGCCGGCUCUUCUCUCUCUCUCUGUCCCUCUCUCUGCAAAUCAAACACGAUGAGCUCCUGGGACAACUGGGUCGAACGCUCCCUUGACAAACUUGAACGCCUGCAACUCCUCCGGUCUCUCCGACCCAUCUACCUUCGAAAUGAACCACAAAAACCCACCACCACCGUCGAAGACGACGACCUCCAAGUCUUCCACCAAAUGCAGCUCUGGGACCGUUCCUCCGUGGAGGUCCACAUUCCCGAAUCAACGUUCCAGAAAUGGCUCAGUGACAUCCCCAGUUCCGGGGAUGAGGAGGAUACCCGGAAAUUUAAAAAGCUGUUGUUGUUCUCUGGAAAUGAUUAUCUGGGCUUGAGUUCACAUCCCACCAUUGGAAAUGCUGCUGCUAAGGCGGCUCAAGAACAUGGAAUGGGCCCAAGGGGCUCUGCUUUGAUCUGUGGAUAUACGGAUUACCAUAGGCGACUGGAGUCAUCCUUAGCGGACUUGAAGAAGAAAGAGGAUUGCCUUCUUUGUCCUACAGGGUUUGCAGCCAAUAUGGCCUUGAUGGUAGUGUUGGGAAAUGUUGGCUCUCUCUUGGCUGCUGGAAAAACACCUUUAACUAAUGAAAAGAUUGCCAUUUUUUCUGAUGAACUGAACCAUGCGUCGAUAAUUGAUGGUAUUCGUCUUGCUGAACGACAAAAAUCUGUAGAGAUAUUCAUCUAUAGACAUUGUGACAUGAUUCACCUUAAGGCAUUGUUAUCCAGUUGCACAAUGCAGAAGAAAGUUGUUGUGACUGAUAGCUUGUUUAGUAUGGAUGGAGACUUUGCACCAAUGAUCGAGCUGGUGAAGCUACGCAAGCAGCAUGACUUUCUGUUAGUCAUUGAUGAUGCUCAUGGAACCUUUGUUUGCGGUAAAAAUGGUGGUGGAGUGGCUGAGGAAUUCCAUUGUGAAAGAGAUGUUGACAUAUGUGUUGGCACUUUGAGUAAGGCUGCAGGUUGCCAUGGCGGGUUCAUUGCAUGCAGCAAAAGAUGGAAGCAACUCAUACAGUCACGAGGACGCUCCUUUAUAUUUUCAACUGCUACACCAUUACCAAUUGCUGCUGCGGCCCAUGGUAAAUUAUAUGAAUUUGUUUGUUAAUGAACUUGUGGGCUCUUAUAGUUGAAUAUGAUUCCUUUCAAACA